UAGGAUAGGAAAUCGGGCACAUCAUCAUCAGGGAGGCUGUUCAUCGUUUGUUGAAGUUCUUGCAGAGUGAAAAUGGAUAAAAACCUGGAGAUAGAUAACCUGGAAAUGCGUCUACAAGCGCUGGAGAGUCGCAUAUACGGGGAAAGAAGGAAUAAAAGUGGGAAAGCCGUCAAGUGUUCAGAUUCUAUGGCGCGCAUUCAGGCAGGUCUGACCAACAUGGCCAACAAAAGAGAACGAGUGAAGAUCCUGCAAAAAAAGAUUGAGGACCUACUGAAAUACCUGGAUCCCCAGUUCACUGACCACAUCGCUGUACCCGACGCCAUGAAACUGGAGUUCAUCCUUGCUGAGGAGGAGUGUUUGCUUUCCCAGGCUGCUUUGCUGGAGCAGGUCAGCACCCUGCAGCCACUGUUAGACAGUAACUACAUUAGAGAUGUACCAGAACAUGCCACCAAGUUGCAGCGUCUGUCACAGCUUCACAUCAAACAACAGGACCAAACAGAGAAUCAGUCCCUGGAAGUGAAGAAGCUUUUUGAGGAAUACAACAAAAUGAUGUUCCUGUUGUCCAAGCAGUUCACCCAAUGGGACGAGACCCUAAGGCAGAUGGAGGAGGUUAAAGGCAUCUGACCUGUGGAGUAGUUUCAGUGAACACUCACAAACACACUUGAGAUGAAGAUGUUGACAGUGAUGAAGUCUGCACAGUGACCGGAGCUUUAUUAGACCAGUGUUUCUACCAUAACUGGUCAGACCAAGAGACAAAAGGAAUCUGUUUAGAUUACCAGCCACAUUGUUUAAAAUCCGAUUCACAUUGACAGUUCACAUUCUUAACUACAAGUGUCUUCCAUCUAAACGCAGUCCUCUCAAACGGCAGGCGUUUAAAUGAGUCAUCAACAACAAAAGAAAACAUGAGGUGCAAGAUAAGAUCAACCUUUAUUGCUGCCCCAUACGGGGGAAUUUAGAAAAGGAGCUACAGGCAAAAGCCACGUCAUUCUGAUUUGACCAUUCUCAUUCAUGUCGCACAGCUGCAUUUCAGAUAUUUAUCGGAUUUUUUACCACAAACGGAGAACUGAGACAUGGCUCUGACUGUGGCAAUCAGAUUUCUGUGUCCACACAGAUCUGAACAAUCCAGGUCUUAGUCAUCGGAUGAGUCACGUCAGCCUGGUAAUCUGGAGGUAGUCUUUAUUUUGGUCCGAUGUGGUUUACCGUCAUGACCAGAAGCCCUCAUGUAUUGCAUACAAAUACGCACAGUGUAAAUGGCACUUGAUCAGUUUGGCUUUUUUUUGUCCUGCAGCAAUGUGAGAAUGGCUUAGAAGCUACAGCCGGAGAAUACAAACAUGCAGACUUCAGAACUAUCUGUGCACUAUUCCAAACGACGCAAGUUUGUUAGGUUUGCAGAGACAAACAUAAGUGGUCCUGUAACAAGUAGUAGUAAUACAUUGAUAAAGGAACUUGGUCUGAAGUGUCACCUGUUGCUCAGAAAGCUCACAGAUGCUGCUGUUAUUUAUUUUCAGACACUUUUUUUAUGUAUGUAUAUUGACUUUAAGUAAUUCAUUCCAACAGCUCUUCUGGUCCUGGCGUCACGUACAAAAUAUGAAAAUUCUAACACAUUUACCAUGACUGCAGUGGAUACAAUAAAUCUUAUUUGACUUGUU